AUGAACGACUUUGAUGAGUGCGGCCCGAGCGCAGCCAGCAUGUACCUGCCCGGCUGCGCCUACUAUGUGGCCCCGUCGGACUUCGCCAGCAAGCCGUCCUUCCUAUCGCAACCGUCGUCCUGCCAGAUGACUUUCCCCUACUCUUCCAACCUGGCGCCGCACGUCCAGCCCGUGCGCGAAGUGGCCUUCCGUGACUACGGCCUGGAGCGCGCCAAGUGGCCGUACCGCGGAGGCGGCGGCGGCGGCGCGGGGGGCGGCGGCGGCGGGGGCGGCCCCGGCGGGGGCGGUGGCGGCGGCGGCGCCGGGGGCUACGCUCCCUACUACGCGGCAGCCGCGGCGGCGGCGGCGGCGGCGGCGGCGGCCGAGGAGGCGGCCAUGCAGCGCGAGCUGCUCCCUCCCGCGGGCCGCCGGCCGGACGUGCUCUUCAAGGCGCCGGAGCCGGUGUGCGCCGCGCCCGGGCCGCCACACGGCCCCGCGGGCGCCGCCUCCAACUUCUACAGCGCCGUGGGCCGAAACGGCAUCCUGCCGCAGGGUUUCGAUCAGUUCUACGAGGCUGCGCCCGGGCCCCCGUUCGCCGGGCCGCAGCCCCCUCCACCUCCUGCGCCGCCGCAGCCCGAGGGCGCCGCCGACAAGGGCGACCCCAAGACGGGGGCCGUUGGCGGCGGGGGAAGUCCUUGCGCCAAGGCGACCCCCGGCUCGGAGCCCAAGGGGGCGGCAGAAGGCGGCGGCGGCGAUGGCGAGGGGCCCCCGGGGGAGGCGGGGGCUGAGAAGAGUGGCGGCACAGUGGCCCCCCAGCGGUCCCGGAAAAAGCGCUGUCCCUACACCAAGUACCAGAUCCGCGAACUGGAACGCGAGUUUUUCUUUAACGUGUAUAUAAACAAAGAGAAAAGACUCCAACUCUCUCGGAUGCUCAACCUCACUGACCGGCAAGUCAAAAUCUGGUUCCAGAAUCGCAGAAUGAAAGAAAAGAAACUGAACAGAGACCGUCUGCAGUAUUUCACUGGAAACCCCUUAUUUUGA